UAUAAAAUGGAGCAAACCUUUAAUCAGGACUUGAGCCAUUUAAGGAGAUAUAACCAGAUGCAUCACAGUAACAACGAAGAUAGGAAUAUAAUACUUGCAUCUAGUCGCCCAGAAUCAACAGAGAUCAGGGUAGACCAUGGUAAUAUCUCUGGAAAUUUCCAGAAUCAAAAUGGGUUUCAUUUGCCUCAAAUAAAAUACAGUGAAGUCUAUGAAGACAGAUAUAUUGAUGACGCUAAUUAUACAAUUCAGAGAGACCAUAACUUGCCUCAUUUCGACUCUGAUUCACACCAAAGAGGAGUGGCUAACCAGAGAAUGCAGCUAAUUGAGGAGCGUGAAGGACAUCAUAAGAAACAGAAUAUCAUGGAUCCGUUUAGCCAUCUCCCUUCGAAAGCAUUGUUAAAAGAAGCUGGAUUCACUGAGCACGACAUAAGUCAAGGGUUUUAUGCUUCUAGUAAUCAUAUUAAGCGGUCAAUAUCUAAGAGGUACCAGAAAUAACAUCAGAGAGUCCCUCAAAGACGUAAAAAGUAUAAAAUAAAAGCCGUAGUAGAAGUAAGAGCAAAUUACACAACAAGAGUAGAGAUAAGCGGAUCCCAAAGCUACACAAACGAUAUCUAAGUGGAGCAAACCAGAUCGAUCAGUCGACUACUCCAUUUACAACUCAGAACAAAAACUCUGAGCUGCAAACCUCUCAGGAUGAGAGAGGAAUUAGCGAUUAUUUGGUACAUAAAGAGUCUAAUCCCUUCCAGAAGGAUUAUGACUCAUUUAUAACUGCUAAGAACUCUCAAGAAAAUGGUAAUGACGACUAUGUUAACUCUUCUUAUUUCUCAAAGCAUAAGCCUAGUAACCAGACGAGAGAUCCAAGCUACAUUGACCAAUUCAAUGACAGUCCUGCUUACCUUGCUGUAGGUGAGGUUUCGUCAGACCCUAUUCCUGAUGAAGACAAAAUGAAGGGACUUCGUGAAUUCUUCAAAAAGAAAAUAGUCAAUGCUUACAACUCUAUAUAUCACGAGCACUCAAACCCAGGUUAUGAUACUCGUGAAUCGUUGAGCAAAACUGAGAAGAUGAUCCAAAAGAUAAUAAUUCGCGAAUAAAUAACAAGUCUAAGCAGAACAGUAGAGGAG